GAAAAGAGAGACUGAAGCUUUUGAGCUGGAAAAAGUAUUAGCUAUAAGUUGCAACCAACUAUGCUGCACAUAAGUUCGCUGAUUAUCAGCUACCUUCCAUGUUAAGAGUAGCCACAGUGAGUAAACAGGCGAAUGCUGCAGUUUUCUGGCGACUUUAGAAAGUACCGCAUGGAGCUAAACUGUUAGCCUUCAUUAGCUCUAGUUGUUAUCAACUGCCUUAAAGUUCAUCUCAAUCUGCUUCCAGAAGUAAGAGCCCCGCAUUUUCCGACGGAGAGACACCAUACCAUUGUCUUCGGCCGUGAUGCACUGAGAUCGGUCAGGUUUUUUGUGUAUGCUGAAUUGUUCCUGAGGUGGAUUCCUCCGGUGAAAUAGAUGGCGAGCCUUCCCACCUAGACUUAGAGAGACUGAGAUUCGCUUCUUUUCCACUUGAUGAUCUGCUGCACCUUGCGGUGUGGUAGGACUGUAUCACUCGCACUUUCACACACAGCUGGUUAUACAUAAGACCAUUGACUGACAUUCUCUCACCCCUAUUUUCUUUCACACCCUGGGAGUUUUUUUGGACUUUACCCCUUGGACAUUUUUUAUUUGGGACUUUGAAUAAUAAGCUGUUGUGUAGAACAUUCUCCACAUGUGAAAAGAGUGUGAGAUCUUAAUUUGAAUGUACAUUAGAUUUGUGUAAUCUGUUUCUAUAAGAGUUAAGGAGUCAGAUUACUAGGGUGCACCCGAGCAUUGAAACCUGAGCAUUGAAACCCGAACAUUGAAACGCGAACAUUGAAAACCAGAAGUAACACUUGGCCAAGUCGUUGUUCUAGUAGUUUAUGUGUUUUACUUUUCUUUCAUUUUUUGUAAGUUUCCUUUCUACAAUUGUAAAGUGUCGUUAACCUGUGUUUGCCAACCGUAUAGUGUAUUUCACUAAAGUCGGCUGGUUCUUUUGACUUACAUUCAUGUCUCUGUGUCUCAUUUAAACACACCCCUGUGCUCCUAUAGUCGAACCUAUUGGCCCAUUGAUAUAUUCUUUUCAACAAUUCCCCUUACUGUGUUACACAGGCACGUGAGGAAUGUCAGAAACACCACAAGUCACCACCCACAGCACCAUUACACCCUUAGGAGUGGCCGGAGUCACCAUGGUCCAGAAUCCAUGUGGACUAUGCAGGGCCUUUCCUCGGGGAAAUGUUUCUGAUCAUUGUGGAUGCUCAUUCCAAGUGGAUGGACAUUUACCCUGUGAAAUCCUCAACAUCACAGUUUCCCAGCAUGCCUCAGGUAUGGAGGUGGAGGUGUAUGUUGGGGUGGAGUCAGUCCUGCUGCCCUGUCAGUUACCAGCUGAUGUUUCCAGUGACUUCUUAGCAGCAGUGUGGGACCGUGAGGAGCUCAAGGACCCAACAGUCCACGUGCGUCUGCAGAGUGGUGACGAUUUUAAAGAUCAGAACGUUCGUUACACCAACCGAACAUCACUGAGAGCCGACGCUCUGCAGACUGGAGACCUCAGCCUCACUCUGAGGAACCCCACAGUCUCUGACAGUGGAAACUAUACCUGCAACACCCGAGUAUUUAGAGGAAAUCAGAGCCGGAUCGAUAUCCAACUGAAGGUGACAGAACCUCCUGCAGUCUGGCCCAUAGUUCUCUUAGCUGUCCUGGAUCCUGUGGUUCUCCUGGCUGCUGGCUUUGGUGUCUUCAUGUAUCAUAGAUAUAAAAUGAUGAAGAGCAGAAAAGGUAUAUAAGUGUAUAUGAUUGUGUGUGUGUUCCUCAAUAAAUAAAAGCAACAGCAAUCGUCUCCCCAUCACCAGAUGAACAUGACACCCA